AUGGAGCUGUACUUCAGCUCCUGCUCCAAGGCGGCCAGGGCUACCUCCACCAAGACGGCUGCCAGCAGCCUGGGUGACGAGUGGGGUCUUGGAGACGGGGGCCCUGGCCAUAUCAGGUCCCAUCAGGACCACGGACUAGGAGGGGAGGUGCCAGCUACGAUGGAGCUGUACCUCAACUUCUGCUCCAAGAAGGCCAAGGCUGACUCUAUCAAGACGGCCACCAGUAGCCUGGGGGAGGAGAAAAUGCUUACAAGGCAAGUCAAUCGACUACAAGACAACAACCAGCUACCUGGACGUCCUGAAGUUACCCAGUUCCAAAACUGGAUGCUCAUGGACCGCGUCCCAUCUUUCAGGGACCAGGAGCGACUCAUACGGCACAGGUACCUGGACAUGAUCAACCGAGAGCUGGAGUACCGGGAGCGCCGGGCGGAGGAGCAGCGCCGGCUCUGGAUGGACCGGGAGGACCGGCGGCACUGGGACCACGUGCGCAGGAAACUGGGGCUGCGCAGGAAAAUCGAGGAGGAAUGGAAGACAAAGGAGAUGCUGCUGCUCACGAGAAUCGUAGAAGACGUGAAGCGAGAAGCACGAAUAGAGGAGCAGCGGCGGCGGAACCGGGAGGAGAACGACAGGAAGAAACAAGUUCUUUUAGAGAAGAAAAUGGCUUAUCACUUACAAAAAAUGCAACAAAAUGGCCUCAGAAGAGAAGACACAGGGAAGAACACACCAGAUUACAGAGGACAGGAGGGUGCCGCGUACACCUCAGCUCCAGACACUCUGCUUUCCGCUCAGAAUUCACCCACAGGAAAUUUUCACAAAUCUUCACAGUCUUACUUGGGGCCUACCAAAGUUGACGAAUACAACAUUUCUUUUGCCCCACGUACAAACGAGGUGAAUGAGGUGACUUCUGACGAGCUGAACAGUAUCCUCCAGAACGUAAUGGCCUGGGUGGUGGCCACAGUGACCAGCAUCCUGUACCCAGCCAUCACCAGGUAUGAGGAGAGGCUGCAAAGCCAGGUGUACGCCAGGGGCGCGGAGUCCACCCUGUCUUCAGAGAGCUCCAGCUUCUGCAGCACCUGCAGCGAGGGUUUCGCCUACGGCAGCUACACCACGGCCACCACCAAGACCUUCCCCGGGGAGCCCCGUGCCUUCGCCAUGGACAUCGCGGUCCGGCACCCGCCCACGCCGCUGAAGCCGCUCUCUGCCCACGUGGAGCGGACGGUGGUCGAGAAGACCUACCACACGGAAGGCCCCCCUUCCGCCCACAUAGAGCGGACGGUGGUCGAGAAGACCUACCACACGGAAGCCACCGGGGUCUAUGUCCGCCCCAAGCUCAGAAGCUGCAAGUCUGACAGCCACCUCCUGGCCUCUUUUCAGGGAGGCGCACGGAAGUCCAAGGACGCCACCACGGAGACGGACGGCCUGGAGGGCCCGCUGCUUCCCAAGCGAAAAGCCAGAGCUGAAAUCAAGAACUUGGAGAAGAUCUUUGUGAACUUUAAGUGCCACCUGAAAGGGGAAACGGAGCUGAUUUUAGAGAGCGUCUUCCAGGAAAUCAUGUCCGACCUAACGCAGGCCGUUCCCGCCAUUUCUUCCGUCACCGCCGAGGUUUUCGUUGAAGCGAGUGAGCCCGAACUGGGAGACGUCCUCUCCAACGUGGACAUCAGCUCCGUGGCGUCCGAGAUCGUGGAGAACAUGCUCGAGACGCUCCAGUCCGCCGUCGAGAAAAAGUGCGUGGAGAUGUUUUCGCAGGAAGAUUGGCCGGUGGACAUGACGCCCAGCUUCCUGCCCGUCGGAGAAGGCCCCCUCCCGCCGAGCGCGAGACCCCCGCCGGCCUCCCUGCCGCAGCCCGGGGAGCCCAUGUGCGACAUGGCCGAGGACAUGGUGCAGGACAUCCUGAAGAAGCUGAUGGCUCUGGCGUCGGGUAAGCAGGACGAGCCUCCCCACCUGGCGUCCGUGACGAAGCCCCCCUCUCAGCAGCGCACGCCCGGCCCCGUGGGCACGUCCCUGCAGAGAGCCGACGCCAAGAGAGGGGGCCCCGAGCCCGACGGGGCCAGCUUCCUGGUUAAGGAGGAAAUACAGAGUUUGAUCUCCAGCAUCUUUGCCCAGUCCUCGCUGGUGGGCUACAUCGAGGAAGCCAUCAGCACCAUCCUCGGCUACGUCCAAACCGAACUGAACAACGAGCGGCUGGUGGCGUCUGAGGAAACGGUGGUCUUUCUCCGGCUGCUGGACGACAUCUUCACGCAGCUGCACCAGGAGCCGGUCAAGGCUGAGCCGCUGCCGCCCAUCAACGUGCCGGGCAUGGUCCUGUACUCCGACGACGACGACAGCGAGGAGAUAGACAGGAUCGUGGAGAACGCGCUGGACUCCUCUCUGAGGAACGAGAGGGCGAGAUCACGGGAGCAGGACCCCGAGUGCUGGCUCACAGGGAGGAGCGCGCGUUUGGGCAGAAACAGCAAACUGCCCCCACGGCCCGCUUCUCUCAGAAGCAAAGUCGUGUUUUGUGAGGGAUCCAAGACCGAGGGGUCGAGUGUUCACAAGAAAGAAGUUUUAAAGGGAAAAAUCUGCUCGAGUAAAGACACGCUGACCUUCAGCCAAGACCAAAGGCACCAAAUACAAGAGGCGUCGGCAAACGUGAUCAAAGGCAUUUUGACGGAGAUGCUCAAGGAGCAGCCUCCUCCUCCGCACCCCUCGGGCGGGAGAGCCGGCAAGGACGCCGCAGUCCUCCUCUCCGGGAAGCCUCGAGGGCUGCCGGCUCAGGGCCAGUGGGACCAGCUGUUCUCCGUGGGAGAAGUUAACACGGUGGCUCAGGACAUAACAGAGGCCGUGAUCCACAUCCUCCACGAGGCACUGAACCGCAUCCCCGGCACCCCCAAAAGUUCCACCCUACCCGCGAGGCGUCAGACUCCGCGGGGCCGUUCCCACACUCCCGACGUGGCCAAAGAGGCGCCAUAUAAAAAACCUUUGAACAUAUGGUUUGACAGUGAGAAGAAAGUGAAGUAUUUGUCUUCACUUGACGUAGGCCCUGAAACCCCUUCCCUGUUCGGGUCUGAGGCAUGUGAGCCGAAGGCUGUAGAUGACAUCUCGGGGGACAUCAUCGACACGGUGUUCAAGAAGCUGAAGGGACUCAUUUACCCAAAACUGCACAAAAGCCAGAGCCCGCGGGAAGCCGACGACAGCAAGCCCCUCCGAGGCAGAGAGUUCUCGGCUGACACUGACGACGCGGAUCUCAGCAAGGACACCAAGGCCUCCCCAUUGCUGACUUGCAUUUGCGAGAUGUUGUCAAGCGCACAUUCCGACCGGAGCAGCGUCUCCCUCCCUCCCGAUGAGCCAAGGCCUUCGGUGGCGUGUGGGCCGGACGGUAUUGGCAAACCAUCCACGCUUCCAAGUCGGCAGGAGAAACAAGCUUUUUACCAAUACUUGGCGACUCCAUGUGCCAUCCACAGCGACCCCCGUGGAAAAGACCUCAAAGACAAGGGCAAGCUGCAAGUGCUGGACAGCAUUGGGGAAACCCUGUACGAGCUGCUGUGCAAGCUCCUGGGCGCCCGCCCGGAGGGCCAGCCGCCCCGAGAGAAGGCGAGUGAGAACCGGGGAGUGGCCACGAAGCUGCAGCCUAGCCUCCAGCUCCUCUCCCAGACCAUCCUGGACGGCAUCCUCGCGAAGCUGUGCAGGGUCGACGCGGACACCAGCUGCGCGGGUUCUGGGAUGACAGCUGCCUCCGAGUGCCCGGAUAUCGAUAACCUAUCGUUCAAGUCGAUCAUUGAGGAAAUGGCCAAGUGCACCGACAUCAUCUCCGGCAUCGUGUCCAGGAUGCUGCGGGAGAGCAACAGAGAGGAGACGGACAGGGACGCGAAAACCGUUGCUCCCGGGCCUUGCAAAACAAGGAGCACGAGGGAAACGCAUCCAAACAGCCUGACGGCCAUGGCCACCGACAUCCUCAACGGGGUGUUUGCGAAGCUGGAAGGGUUUGCCAGUGGCAACCUAGGAGCCCUGGACCCCAUCAGCAAGGGACACAAGACCCGCGCCCAGGUGGACCUGCAGCGCGACGGCGCCAGUGAGGCCGUGGACGCCUGCGAGGAGCUGCUGCGCUCGGCGCUGUACGUGCACGCCAAGAAGGCGUCCGGCACCAUCCUGAAGGCCAUCCAGACGGAGCUCGGCGGGAGCCCCGGGGACCUGCGGGCCAGCACCAAGAGCCCUUCCCCGGAGAGACAGCUUCUGAAGAACGUGAUCAACUUGAUUUUAGACGUGGUGUCCCCAGAUGUGCUGGACGACCCCGAAUCCGAAGAGAGAACCAUGGAAUCCUGCGGGUACCGGCCGACCUACGGGAACUUCCUGCCCGGAGGGGCCGAGCCAGACCCGUGUCUAGAAGACGCUGCGCCUGCGGAGAAGGAAUUCGGAGCCGAGGGAACCCUCCCGAGGGGAGAAACGCAACCCGGUUCUCUGAGGCAGUGGGUUCUGGAAAGGACCCUAAACAAAAUCGAAGGGAAACUGAAGGAGCCACAGAAAUCUCCCAUCGUGCCCAUCAUCAGGAACAUUUUGAACGAGAUUUUCCAAGGGGCUCUGGUCAACCAAUUAAACGUGCUUUCUCUCUCCUGCCCUCCGCUGGGGGGCGCCCCGCAUGAGGUGGGUGGCGAGCCGCUGGCGCCGACGUGGGUCCCCUUCAUCGACCAAAGGACGGGCCCCUUGGUGUCCGAGGCCGACGUCACCAUCGUGGUGGCUGAUGUGGUCACGACUGUGCUGCAUAAGCUUUACGCAGCGGCCAUGACGCAGAGAAACGCUGGUGAAAACAGGUACAAAACCAUCACCUUUUCAGCGAAUGUUUCUUUCCACGUCCCCGCCUGCGCGGAAGAGUCCUCAGUCGCUGUGCUGGAUGGGAAUCCGUGUCCUGUCCCGCCCAGACUCAACGCCAAAGGAAACGUGGCUGAAGACAUCAUCCAGGAGAUACUGACAAACCUAGAAACCUUCGCUACUUACAAAGUAAAAUCUCUCUUUUGUCCCCAAAUCAAGUUCACGGUCCCAGUGGCUUUCCCUGUGCAGCCAGGUAGGAGCAUUUUGAGCAAAGCGUUGUCCGCCAAAGGCCUGUAUCCAGAUGAUGGGUUUUCUCCCUGCUCCGUGGAUCAUUUUCUGGAAAGUACCAACUCGUGCCAACUUUCUUUAAACAAACUAAACACACAUGCAACAGAAGUGGCCAGGAAGAUUUUACAAGGCAUCAAACACGAGUUAGAUAAAGAAAGGGAAAGUCCUUUCUUAACACACAACAUCGUGGUUUCUGAAGGGAUCGCAAGUCAGAUCGUGAACACGGUGUUAGAGAUCGUCUCGUCCAGAGGCAAGUUUGACAAACACGAUUCCGACGAAGAGCUUCACUCAGGUCUGCAGGAAGGCGUCAUUGAGAGGAUGUUCAACAGGACUGAGUAUCGCAAAGGGCUUCAGUUCCAAAUACAGGAUGUCAUGGAAGGCAUCCUGUGCGACAUUUAUGAAAAAACGCUGCAUCAAAACAACCUGGCCUUCGCCACGCCCACGCCGAGAGGCCUGCCCGCCGGGGAACACCCAGCUGCCGACGCCGGGCUGUCCCUGGAGGGUGCCAAUGCGAUCGUCCCACCACUUUCUGUCCCCAAGUCGGACGUCAUGCUGAUCUCCAACGACAUCGUGGACCUUGUCCUGCAUAACCUCAGCUCCGCUGUCACGCUCGGCACAAAACCAGAGCACGCUCCCCCGGGCCGGCUGCCCCUUCCCUCCUGUGACGUGUUCCCACAGAUAGGGUGCCAGCUGCCUCCGCUCACGGGCUCACAGAGCAGAGGAGACACAGAGCGUUUUUCAUCGUCAAACAAUGUGAGGCCCGCGUAUGCUGUGGCGAGUCAGAUAACUGUGGUAGGGAGGGAAGACCCCACAAGGCCCGCCCCUGACCCCUGUGAGGAAAACGCUCACUUCAUCACCAAAACGAUCGUCAACCAGCUAGAAUCUUUCGCCACCAAAAGAAUAGACUCAUUAAUUACUCUUGCUUCCCAGCCCACAGAGCAGUCCUUUGCUAGCCCUGGCCUGGAGCCCUGUGAGCCCGAGGACAGCGUUUUUCGUGAGCCAAGCCAAAGGGCGUCCAAUGUGAACGUCCUGAAACUAUCAACGGAAACUGUUCUCAGCCACAAACUUGCAGAUCCUGCGUUUCUGAGUUACGGACAAAAACGGGGAUCCACCAUUCACCUCUCCCAAGCCAGCCUUAAGGAAUACGCGGACGUCAUCGCCAGUGUCAUUCUGAAGCUUAUUAAAAACGACUUGGACCUGGAAAUCCAAAGGGCAUAUCUACAUCCAAACAAUAUCUCCUUCCAGGAAAACGUCAUUGUGAGUGAGAUUGUCAACAACACCUUAAAGGUUUUGAACGCUAAGAGGUCUGUAAAUGAAGUUCAGUUUUACACAAAAGACCAUCCUGGCGCAUUUGCACCGUUAGCUGUACCCAAGGAAAUGCUGUUAGGACAAAGAGAGCUGGACCAAAACACCAAGUUAUCUCUGUUUUCACAGUACCCAUUCGAACAAAACCAGCGGGCAGUGGGGAAGGAAAGCCAGAGCGUUGUUUUGGAGGAAAUAUUUAUGAGAGGUGGGGAAUCCAAGCAAAAAGAAAGGGCUGCCUUGCUCGCUCCAGUGAGAGAGGUUUUAAGGAAAGUGCACCAACAAGUAAUGAAAACCAAAGGCCACCUGCCUCCAUUCAGUGAAGCCCCCCAGGCGGCAUCUAGCUCUAAAGCUAAAACAUCAGACGUAACGCACAAAACCUUCGUCCAGUCCCACAUUAAUGGCGUAGCCAACGACAUAGUCGAGAGUGUGUUGGGGGAAAUGUAUGCGGUGGUUGUGACCUCCUUACAUGAGAGUCACCAAAAGGAAACCUUCGAAGACAAUGGCACCUUCCCUCAGCCACCGCCGUGCGUGGGAGAAGCGAAACAAGCCGGGAGAGGAAGUAAUUCCACGGGGUACUUGAUGCCACGGGCCUAUCCUUCCCCAGGCGACCCAAACACCCCCCUGUUUGAAAGCAGUUUCCAGCAGCACUCGCCGCUGCAGGUGGGGAAGGAGUUGGUCCAAACGGUGCUCGAUAAGAUCACACAAUUUGCCUCAAGCCUUAAAGUGAACCUGAAGGGCAGCCUCCAGCCAGGUUUUAAAACAAGUGUAAAAGCAAAGUCAAAAGUGACUUCUCUGCCUAAUUUGAAGACAAAGCUGCCCCUGGGCCCUGGUGGUGCUAAGGCCAGAAGCAAGACCAAGGUGGGGACCGGGGAGAGGCCUCCGAAGAGCAGCCAGUCCAAGACCUGCCUGGGGCUGCCGCACACGCUCACCGCCGGGGACGCCAAGGGCAGGCGGGGCGCCAGGCUGCCCGCCGCAGACCUGAGGGCGCACGCCACGUACGUGACCAGCGUGAUCCUGGAGACGACCGUGACCGAGUUUGAAAAGGCCACGCAAACGAGAGCCAUGGUCAGUGUGAAGGCGCUGCCGUUUGACCAAAUCGGGGCAGCAAACAGGAUCGUUCGCGCCGUCCUGCAAGGGGUGUGCGCACCGGGCAGCCACAGCCUGGCCGCUCCGAGCACAUUCUCGGCUCCGGCCGACCUCAAGCCUUCCGUGGGGCGCCCGGGCGCAGGGGGCUUCGCCGAGACGCAGGCCUGCUUCUACUUGGAAAAUGUCUCUUCCCAACUCGAGCAGAUCUUUCCCAAGGACGGGAUAUUUAAAAAAAUGUUUGACAAAUGGCAGGCAGAAGCAAAUGACAUGGAAAGUGAAAAAUGUAACUUGCUGGUAGUGGCUGAAAAUGUUUUGACUGUCAUUUCAAUGAAAUCGAAGGAAUUGGAAUAUUACCUUUCCUUCUUAAAUCUGACGCACCCCGAAGACUGGGAAAGCAGGCUCCAUCACCGCCUUCAAGGAACGUCAGUGCGAGCGGAGGCCACCAAGGCACAAAUCAGUAUGUUCUCGAGGGAAAUCGUGGAAAUGCUCCUUGAGAAACUACAGCUGUGCUUUCUGUCCCAGAUACCCGCCCCGGACAGCAAGGAAACUCCAGCACGUAGGAAGGAACACGCCGCUCAGAGCAAACACGGCCUUCCGGCCAAGGACGUCCCCAGCGGUGCGCCCAUCUACUACAUGGACGCAAAGGACCACAUGUCCCUGGGCUCCACCAAGCAGGUUGUCCUCGACAUUGUGGAAAGGGUGCUGGGCAUCCUGGAGGCGUUUGUAGACCUGCAGUUCAAACACACCUGCAAGUACGAAUUUUCCGAAAUAGUGAAAAUGCCGGCAGAAAACCUGUUUCCGGCCCAGCAGAGGCUGCUAAGCGAAAAGAUGCUGCCCGAGCUGCAGUCGCUGAGGAAGCCUGCUGAUGACUGCAGGCGCAGUGCUCUGAUUCCCAAGGAAAAUGUGCAGCACGUUUUUCUGCAGGUCCACUCGUUCCAUUCAGAAUUGCUUACCUGCGCUGUGUCCAUCACCAGCGACAUGCUGGGUGUCCUCAAGGACAAGCUGGACAAGGAAAUAGGCCACGCGGAGCCGCCGGGCAGCGCGCUGCCGGAGAACGUGGCGGCGAGCGAGAUCAUCGGGGCGCUGAUGGACCAGUGCACGCACGUCAGCGAGUCUCUGAUCAGAAACCUCCCCAGUCUGUUCCCAGGAGUGGAAAACACCUACAUUGUUAAUCAUCUUGCCUUCGCCACUGAUAUGAAAAUCCCCAAGUCAAAGGAAGUUCAUUUUGGGAACGGGCCUCCUCCACGGGUUCGCAUUCCUGGUUUGGUGUUUGAUCCUGAAGACGACACGAAGAAAAGGUGCAGGGGCCCACCCAACGUAGCUUCCUAUGCCAGAGCCCCCGGGGAAGGCCCAGGCAGAAGCUCAGAGCCCAGGGAAAGGCCUGACUCAGGGAAUGCGCCAUCCUCCUCUAGAAACCAGGGCCCAGACCACGGCCCCAGGGAAUGGUCAUUUGAUCAAGCCACGCCCGAAGGCAGUAUCUUACAAAAACUGACUAAACGGGUGACUGAGUCCACAGAAGAAGCAUUGAAGCAAGGCCUGUCCUUCAUAGAAAUGCGAAAAGCUAAAAACCCAAAAGUGUUUCAUUAUGGGACCCCAAAGCCCGUUGGUGGGCCUAACCAAACUCAGACAACUGUUUCUCCACUCAAGAUAUGUUUAGCGGCAGAAAAUAUUGUCAAUACUGUGUUGUCAAGCUAUGGGUUUCCUAGUCAACCACCCAUUAACGAAAGCACAGAGAGGAUGAAACCAUUUUUCACGUCCACACCAAGCCCUGCAGGACAAAAGGGGGAGAAGAAAAGUGUGUCCGCCACGUGGGGUGACAGGACCCGCUGCGUCCCCAGGGGAAGAAGCAAAAACCCAGAAGCCAGCAGGGGAGACUUUUCUUUAUUGCAAAAGUGGGAGAAGAGCGACCCAAAGGUAAAGGCUGUGAAAGAAUCUGAAGUCAUUGCUUUCGCUGAUCAUGAGCUGGGUCCAAAUGAAAUCAAUUUGGUAGCAAGACAUGUAACCACAUGUGUGGUCACAUAUUUCCAGAACUUCAAAACCAGAGUGUCCAGUGAGAAGAGGUCUAUUGUUUCUGCACUGUCAAAGAAAACAUACGAGUCAGAACAGCGUCUAAGAAGCAUAUAUAAUGAUUCUUCGCUUUGCCAACUUUGUGAACAUCUCACUGAGUCUGUCAUUUGCCAUUUAAUUUCGAGCAUUUCUGAUGGCAUCCGAGGUGGCAGAGAAAGUGCGAAGGCAUGGGAAAGCCAAAAUUCAGGAUGUAACAAGAUUAUUUCUAUUGAUUCUCAAGUAUUUGAAAACAGGUCGAUUUCUAUUGGAGAACUUGCUUUAAGUAUUUCUGAAAUCAUUACUAAAAUCCUUUGCAAUAGUAACAUUAUAGAGCCUGACAUUGCACAGCAAAUGUUUUCUUUAAAAACAAAGUACAUUUAUUGCCCAGGAGUCACUGCUACUGACUUUGACCAUAUUUUCCAGGAUCUCUUAAUAGGAGUGAUUCACGUACUGUCCAAAGUGAUAGGAAUAACUCAUCACCUUGAAAGCAAUGGAAGAAGUAAACCAUUGUCCAUGCUUAGAAGCAAUAGUGUGUCCAUGGGCAACAAAACAAACACCAUGAAAAGACAGAUAAGUUGCAGAAACUGGGAAUCAUCUACUCACCCAGAUGAACGUCCCAUUCAAAAUGAGAAAUUAAACUAUCUGGCACACAAGUUAGACAGUAUCGUCAGUAGCCUGAAAACGCGUGAGUCCAAAGAGGUGGUCAAUAAGGUCUUCAAUAUUGUUUUAGAUUUAUUUUUACCAGAUGAACGCAGAGGUGAGGCUGUGGAUUCUCAUGAAAAAGCAAGAAAACCUUUAUCGUCCUCAAGUAAUAACUUAGGGCUCACCCCCAAAUCCGUUUUUCUUCUCAAUGUCGUGUGUGAGAAACUUAUCAGAACGCUUUUGGAAAAAUGCACCAACACUGCCUUUCUCGAUCACGGCCCUCUUUCUGAUGAAAUGUCUGCAGAAGAAUGUCAGCUUUUAAAAAUGCUUCAAAGUGUAGAAGACGAGGGCUUUGGUGACUGUAAGGGGGCAAUGGGCUGUGAACAGUCCCAAGGAGAUUAUAUGUCAGAUCUUUUGGAAAAUCUGGCAGAAAUGGAUACAGAUGUGUCGCCAUCGGACUCUAUGCUCACCCUCGUUUCCCACACCUUGGUGAAGUCCCUGAUGGACAAACUCUGUCACAAUACUGAGCUCCCUCACAGCCCGCCCAGUGCAAGCCAGCACCUGAAGGGUAGAACACAAGAAAGACAGUCGGGUCUUAUAAAAGCAAAAAGGCCAGAAUUAGCAGGAUUCAGACAAGGUAAAGGUUCUGCCGGCUUCACCAGCUGUGACAGUCGCGCCCUGACCAGAUCCCUGAAUCUCUCCAGCAAGGUCCGCUCCAAAACCCAGGCACCGUUUGGCAGGAAGUGUUCAGUAAGCUCCUCUUCUGUGACACCUCGCAGGAGGCAGGAAACAGCCAUCCAUAGCAAGCUACACCUGGGGAGUAGGAGCACCGGUGUUUAUUCGGCCACAUUUUUGGAGGAAAUCAUUUCAGAACUGUUUUUCGAUCUCUCCACUUCCCUGUGGGGCAAAAAUGAAAGCAUCACGGAGGCCCAGCUCAGUGAGAUGAACACACUGCUUGUCCACAACGUGGUGCGGGAGUUUGCGCGCGCGCAGAUCGCUGUUCUGCGGAAUGUGGAGGAGAGGCUGUGCUUCCCGCCAGUCCAAAAGGAAAGGGUACGUAGGGUUGUUGACUCGGUUUACCCCGACGUUUUGCAGAAAUAUCAAUUGAAGGUGACCUGUGGUGUGAAUCUGGCGCAUGACAACUCCUCACUAGCAGGACAAAUAGCGAACGGCAUACUGUUAGAGAUCGUGGACUACCAACUCCCACCCUGCUUCCGGGAGAAGCUCAGCCCGACCUCCUGCUGCCCCCUUGAAGCGGAAAUCAUCCUGCAGAAACUACAAAGGGCCCUGAGAGAAUGCGCUUCCAGAUCCAGGUCUGCGGGAGGCUACAGCACCAGGGUGUCGCACUCCUUUCUAGAGGAUAUCAUCAGGAGGCUUCUCGCCCAACUCACUGCUCCACCCAGUAGGGCUUCCUCUCUGGGGAGAAAAGAGUUCAUGAGUUCAGACUUCAGUGAAAUGUCUAACUGUAUCAUAAAUAAGGUUCUAUCAGCCAUUUCAAAACACAAAAUUUGGCUCACUAUAUGUGACAAUCCACAGCUAUGUGCAGGGAAAAACACCCAGAAGAUGGUGGAUUCUGUGUAUCGGAACAUUAUGCAAAUGCCUGAUUCUCUCAUCUCAAUCCAGAACAGCCUGGUGAGCCGAAGCCCAGUUAUGGUGGACCGAAUAGCCAGUUUUAUUAUCCAAGAGAUUAUUGAAAACCAUCUUCAACCAUUUUUGUGUGAAGAAGGUUUGCACCGUCCAAAUACUCCACUGGAUGCAGUAUCGAACAUGGUUAAACGGGUCCUCAGUGAGGUCACAGAGUCGCACAGGCCCAAGAGGCCCUCCCCCUCAGGUGUUCGCCCUGACACAUUCAUAGGGGAAAUUGUGGCCAGACUUGUAUCAAAGAUAUUCAGCUCCAAGCAGAACACUGACAAUGAGCUGGAAAACAUGACACAAAAAAUAGUGAACUCGAUAACCACCCACUUCAACAAACCUACAACUCACAUCCUCAGUGGCGGCAAGAAGGGCGCCUGCCCCUCCGUAGGCACAGACAUGGUGGAUGAGCUCGUGUCCUCUGUUUACAGAAACGUGUUACAGCAGCACGGGCUAGACCCUGAGGCUGACAGGAAGUCUGAAGACAGCGAGACUUUUGUGGAAAACAUCACCAAUUUAACUGUAGCGGCCAUUUCUGAUUACCUUCUUCACCCGCUGUUCUCUGGCGAUUUGUCAUCUUCCUGUUCUAUUUCCACAGCUGAGAACAUCAUCCAGGACAUCAUUAGUAACAUCAGCAAACCCACCAUGCCAAGCCCGAGUUUAUCUCCAUAUAAUACCUUGCUGCCAUACACGCUUUUAGAAGACAUGAUCAGAGUACUAUUAUCUAGAAUCUUUUCUUCUGCAUCCGACUUUGUUCCAAACACAGAAACUCUAAAAGACAGGUCAAGAGUGAAUUUCAAUGAAAUUGCUUCAAAUAUAAUCAGUGAUAUUAGGAUGAAAAUUUCUCAACAUGACAUCCAGUUCUCAAAAGAUGAUGAAGAAACCAAGUUUGUUUAUUCAGAAGAUGAUGUCCAGCACCUUGUGGACUCCGUUUUCGAAAACAUUUUACAAAAUUCCGAGUCUCAGGAAUCGCAACAACAUCUUCAGCCCUUUGUGGACCGAAAGGCAUUGCCUGCCCCCACAGACUCUCACCCUGACGGCGAGUGGAGGCCAUGGCCUCCUGCCCAUGUUUACUCGGCAGCAUUUUUGGAAGACGUGAUCUUUGGAGUUUUAAGGAAAAUAUUCCACAGGGUGUUGGGCAUUGUGCAAACAAAAUCCGCAAGAGACUCAGAAGAUGAGCUUUUGGAUAAAGCUGGGAAACUCAUACAUCUGAUAGCAGAAGAGUUGUCAAGAGCCCCGGUCCGCAUCCUGGAGAACGCCGAGGAGCAGUGCCGUUUGCCAACAGUGGAGAGAGAUGUCCUCAACAACGUUGUGGACAUGGUGUUCAGCAAAGUGCUGCAAGAAUAUGAAAUGGACGUCCUGCCCGAUUACGAUUUCCUCCAUGACACAAAAACCUUGGCAGCAAGGGUGACUAAGAGCAUCCUGGCCCACACGUUUGAUUUCCAAAUCCACCCAAAGCUGAUAGGAAAGCUUCGUUUUAAGUCGUACGCCACACUGAACGUCGAUGUCUUGAUAAAGAGAGUCCAAGGUUACAUCGCUAAAUCAAGAUUCCAAAGGCAGGCCUCAACUAUCUACACCACCAUGUUAUCGCACACCCACUUGGAAAAGGUGGUCGCCCAGCUGCUCGCUCAGGUGGGCCCACUGGCCUCCGGUGCAGAAUGCAAGGGCACUUCCAAGUCGGAGCUAAGUGACAACGUCAUAAGGCUGAUCAACGAAAUUAUGUCCAUCAUUUCCAAACAUGCAAUCUGCAUUGUCAAACACGGCAGUGAGAAACAGAGCAUGAUCUCGGAGAAAGAUAUCCAGUCCAUGGUGGGUUCCAUCUACGCCGACCUUUCACACUCAAAGCUCUACCAGUCUCUCACAAAGGAUAAGAAAGGAAUAAGUAAGAUGCCUGUUUCGAAAAUAGCAAGUUUUAUCAUAAAAGAAAUAUUUAACCAUCAUCUCCAGUCAUUUUUACCUGGAGAUAAAACAUGCCUCUCCGCUGCAGUUGAUCAUGACGAUAAACAGAGAGCAGCCGACAAUCAGCAAGGAACCUUGGCUUUUGUGGUGAACUCGGCUGCCUUCCUGGAGGAGGUCAUCGCAGAGCUGCUGUGUAAACUCCUGUACGCGUUCUCACACAACGUCUUGGGUACUGAGCACCCAGACAUAGUGAAAGUGAAAAUUACUGACAUUGUGACAACAUUAGUAAAAUCAAUCGUUCUGGAGUUCACCACGUCGGAGAUUGUAGUUUCGAAUUAUUUCGAUAAUGAUAUGUGUUCUUCGGCAAGAUACAAAGAAAUGGUUCAAAACACAGCCAACCUGGUUUAUGAAAAGAUAUUAGGUGAAUACAAAUCUCUGAUUCAAGUCUACAAGGUUAUGCAAAGUGACACGACUUCUUUCGGCAGGAAAAUUUAUCACUUACUAUUGGAAGAAAUUUAUCAUCAUCAGAUGCAGUCGUUAGUGUCAGGAGAACUGGUGUCGUCUUCCUGUUCUUCCCUUCAAACCGAAAACAUCAUCAGAAACGUGCUGAACGUCGUCGCGAAGGCCGGCCCGGCCAGCCCGUGCGUGACGGUGCUGCCGCGCGCGCUGCUGGAGGACAUCGUUUCCAAGCUCAUAGCGAACAUCUUCCCUCCCACCCGCACGGAGGGCGAGCUCGGGGAGGGAGGCGCUUCACCCGAUGACGAGUUUGUGGCUGCAGCUUCAAAACUGACGGAUGAAAUUAUCAAAGAAAUCACGGAACAUGAAAUCCGUCUUGCCAGGGCGGAGGAGAACGCCGACAGCACCCAACUAGACAUGAUUGAGAACUUGGUUGACUCGAUAUGUAAUAAUAUCUUGAAAAAAUCUGAAUUUCAAGCGGAAGUGCAAAGAGAUGCAGACAAAAAAGCAGGCUCGUUCCUCAGCAAAGUCGCAAGUUUCGUUAUGAAGGAAAUUAUGGACCAUCAUCUGAAGCCAUUUUUACAGGGUGACGGGGGCUCUGCACUCACCAAACCUGGGAAAGAAAAGACUCAGACCUCCCUCUACUCAGCUACAUUUUUGGAAGACGUAGUGGUUGACCUUGUUCGCAAAUUUUCUUCCCUUCUAAGUAUUACCGAAGAACCUAAGAAAAAAGGGAUGUCGGAGACAGAGCUUGUGGGGUUGGCUAUAAAAUUUGCAAAUUCUCUGAUAAGAGAAUUCAGGAAAAGUGAAAUUAAAGUUGUACCGAAUGCUGAAGAAGUCUUUGCUUUCCCACCAAUUGAUAAAGAGACAGUGGAUAAGAUAUCCAACUUUGUAUACGAUCAGUUCAUAGGGAAGUAUGACUCCGGUGACAUGCAGAAGGAUGAUAAAGGUCACGUGCUAAUAGAAACGAUUGCUGCCUUAGCCCAAAAGGCAAUCUCUGCCUUCAAAAUUCAACCCCUGUUUUCAGGAGACUGGUCUUCCACCUUCUUUUCAUUUCUAAAUCCAGAUCACAUCACCCAAAGGGUUCAACACCUGCCACAGAAAACCACGGCACCGAGUAGCACGCGCCUCCGAGGAAACCAACUUACGUUUUCAGAGCAAUCAUAUAAAUACACUUCUCCAACCUCAGUCCGGAAACACGUGUUGGGAACUUUGGAACUAGACCAAGGAACAGCAAGUAGAAAGAAAAGUGUCCAGAGUGAGGAGGCGCCUGUGAAAAAAGGCGAGACCCAAGAGCGGAGAGUCACCUCUCUAACCAGAACCAUGAGAUGCAACCUGCUUAACCUGCUGCCAGGGGCAGCUGCAGGGGUGGCAACUAAAAAGAAAGAGAAUGAAAAUAAAAUGACAAUUUCAAUUAAAAAUUAUACUGAGAAUGUAUCAACAGUUACAUCUCCAACUACUAGUGUGAAAAGUAAAGAUAGUCAGAAGUCAGAUUUGAAGGGAGCACGUAAAAAUGAUGAAACUGAGAAGAAAAGCAAAUCAGUGUCAACAGACGGAGAGAAGCAACGUAAUGAGGCAUACACACAGACUCCAGGAGCUCCCGGUGAGACAGAGUGGAAGGAGGAAAUGGUUGGACCAGAUCUGGACACAAACAAACAGAAGAUUGACAAAACAAGAGGAAAUGCAUUGAGAAAAGAAGACGAGCCCUGUCCAUUACCUUUGACACCCAAAAAAGUGGAAGCGAAGGAAAUCAAAAAUGAACCCAGGAAACCGGACAGUGCUCAGUACCCACCGAAAAGUAAGCCUGGGAUUUUCCCUGCUAAACUUUUAGAGGAUGUUAUCAUCGAAAUGGUUAACAAGUUGAUCUUCUGUGCCUCACUAGAAGCACAAACAUCUGAUAGAGGCCAAAAUGUCAGUGACGGCCAACAUCAAGCCGACCUCUAUGACACAGCCACGAAGCUCAUUGAUUUGCUGCUGAAGGAGCUGUCCAAGGCUCAGAUUAAGGUAUUUAGGCCAGAAAAGGAAGGCCUGCCAGUCCCUCCCGGAGGUAAAGGGUCAACCGUUCCUAAAGGGCCUCCUGAGCAGAGAGAGCCAAGGGCAGAGGGAGCCUCACCUCCCACUAAGAAAGCAACGGGGGCGGCAAUGUCCCAAACGCAGAAAGUGACGAAGGAAAUCCCUCUACACACGGUGUCGUUCCUGGACAGAAUCCCGGCCAUCGAUGAGACACUGGUUAGCAAAGUGGUUCACUCUUCUGUGUGCAAUAUUUUGAAGGAAUAUAGGUCUCAAGACUCCCUUUGUCAGAAUAUAAAGAGCAACGGGGGAAAUUUAGCGAGAAAACUGACCAGCAAAGUGAUCAAUGAAAUUUUUCAGCAGCAGCUGAACUUGGAGCCCAGCGAUGAGGUCCCAUCUUGGGCAUGUCUGCCUCUGGAAUGUAAGGAUAUUGUCAAGAAGGUCCAGAAGGCGGUGCAGACAGCCAGUAAAGAGUGUCAGACAUUCUCGCCAUACGCCAUCUUGCUGCCUCGCGAGUUCUUACAGGACGUGAUUUCUGCUCUUUUACAGAAGGUUUUCUCAGUCACACCCAAAACCAACGCAGUCCCCUCGGAGGGCAGGUGGCUCCCAGAACUGGAUUUCCUGAAAAUGAAGUUACUGGGCACCAUCAUGACCGAGAUCGUCAAGGACAAAGACGUGACCAUUCAGUAUGUGGAGUCCUUACACCCCAACGACGACGAGGUCAUCCAGCUGGUGGCCCUUUCUAUUUAUGAGAACCUCUUGUCCCGGUUCGGCUCGCAGGAGAUUAUACAAAACUGUGUAGCCAGCAGCUGCAGAAUCCUCUCCGAGACCAUCGUGGAGCUGGUGCUGCGAGAGGUGUCCGGGAACCAGCUGCAGAGCUACUUCUCGGGAGAGCUGACCCCGUGUCAGUGCGCAGAAGUGGACAGCAUCAUUGAGAACAUCCUCAAGGACGUCCUCCGCAACACGGACACGCCCCGGCCCCAGCCUGCGCCCGCCCACAGGCUGCCUUACAACGUCAUAGAGGAAAUCGCCGUCCAGUUUCUGUCCAAGCUUUUAUCUGUGUUUCCCAAGGUGGACAAGAAGAGAAACAAAUCCCUAGAAACUGAAAUGCAAAACAUCAUGUCCAAAAUAUUAACUUCCCUGCAAGAAUUUAUCUCAAAAAGUAAGAUCAAACUCAUACCCCCAGCCAAGGCCUUGGCGACUGUACCGGUAUCUGACAAUGAAACCAUCAAAAAGGUCGUCAAUUCUGUCUACACCCGGGUGUUAAAACACUCCGGCUCCCAUAUGUCCAUCUUCAAGGACUUAAUGGGGAAGAGCAAUGUCCUCUCCGACAUAAUAGGCUUCUUGAUGGUGAAGGAAAUUUCCAAUUCUAAAUUUCAACCGCAAGGAGAGGAAGAAGUAUCGAGCUCAGAACUGGUGCUGGAAGCUGUCAAAAUUAUGGAAAAGGUGGUCAAAAUUGUUGAAUUUAAGUCCCAGGACAGGUCUUCCUCCAAAAAAGGUUCCAUGUUGGAUGUCACGUGUUUAGAGGAAGCACUGGCCUUGUUCUUAGCCAAACUGGUGAAGUUGCCCAGUGCCUCCAGCAAAGAUGCCAAGAACUUAUCAAAGCCCGAGUUAAAUAGAAUUGCAUCUCAGCUGACCAAAUCUGUGUCGGCGGAGAUUUCCAAAAGUGACAUUAGUCUCGUUGCUGCUGACCCUGAGGGGCAGCUUUUAAACCCGGAAAGUGUCGAAAUGAUCUCUCAGAUUAUCGACUCUAUUUACAGCAAUGUGCUGAUACAAUCCGGGACCUACCAGGACCUUUACUACGACAUCAAAGGCACCAACAGAGUCUUCCCCCAAAAGGUGGCCAAUUUAAUCAUCGAUGGCGUUUCCAGCGUUUCCUUAGAUACAGACACCGACUGCUCCAAGGAUUCCCCUGCGGAGCACUUUGGAGAUCUAGACGUGAACAGGAUCGUCCAGAAGGCGCAAGAACAUGCUUUCAAAACGAACCCUGACACGAAGAAUGGAGCGCCCGAUCCAAACACAUCGGGAGAGGAAACGCAAAUUAAAAUCGUCCCCCACAUUGGGAACAAGCCCAUCAAAAUAGACCCCGGCAUUCUUUCCCAACACUUGGCGGUCAUCUCGGUGAAAACUGAGCCUCUGGAGAAGCUGCAGAUGGAGUGUCUGAGAAACACCGGGCACAGCAUAGCCGAAGUGAGACGAGCCUCGAUGCAGGGGAGAAGUUACUCCGCCGCAGACGCAUCUAGUGAGGAAAAGCUGAAGAAAGAGAGACGCACCUCCUUGAACAGGACGGGACGUCUGGACAUGAAGCCCUUAGAGGCUGUUGGCCGAAAUUCCUUUCAGAACAUAAGGAAGCCUGACAUCACCAAGGUGGAGCUUUUAAAAGACGUUCAGAACAAACAAGAUCUUCUCAUCCGAUUAGUAGUUCAUGAUAUUGAAGGUGAGUCAGAAAGUCACAGGGGAGAGGAGCCAACCACUGAUGACUAUGAAUUUGUGCUGAGAGAGGACAUAAGAGAAGCAAGCUGUGAACGACUUGAGGACGAAGCUACGGAGGCAGAUAUGGAAAGCCCGGAGGCCACCGGGAAGCCUCCAGGAGGACCGACGGGGAAGGAAAUGAAGUGGCCCGCCGCCGAGCUGGACCAGCCCACCCGCUCCUCCGUCCUGGCUGUCACCAACUCCUCCUGGGGAAAUGAGCCGCAGUGUGAGAAAGGAGACAGGGAGUCCACGGAGCCGAUCCAUCACCUCAUACACAGGAUUAUGAGCACGUCGUCCUACAACCAGGAGGACCUGGGCUCACCUGCCAGUGAGACCAAGGACUGUGCCCCAGACACGCCUGCUCAAGCAUCAGACGAAGCCAUCAGGCCCAGAGCUUCCAAGCAGGGGUCCAAGAUGCUGGCCCGGGUCACAUCGGUUCUGUCCAAGGUGUUUUCUCGCACCAGCAGCAGCGCGUCCAAAGCUGCGUCGUCCCCGCCCCAGGCUGAGCGCUGA